AUGGAUGGAGCCGGCAAAGUUGGGGGGAAGGUUGGCGGCAAGGUUGGCGGCAAAGUUGGUGGUAUGGGCAAGGGUGGUAAGGGCAAGGCCGGCAGCGGAAAAGGCAAGAAAGCUCCUCUUUCUCGCGCAGCUCGUGCUGGAUUACAGUUCCCGGUUGGUCGUGUUCACAGAAUGUUAAAGAGCCGCAUUUCAUCGGAAGGUCGUGUCGGUUCUACGGCUGCCGUGUAUGCUUCGGCCAUUUUGGAAUACCUCACUGCGGAGGUUCUCGAGCUGGCGGGAAACGCGUCGAAAGAUCUGAAAGUCAAGAGAAUUACCCCUCGCCAUUUGCAGCUAGCUAUUCGUGGUGAUGAGGAACUGGAUACCUUGAUUAAGGCUACCAUUGCCGGGGGCGGUGUCAUACCACACAUCCAUCGGUCGCUUAUGACGAAAGGACCCACCACACAGCCACUCAAGAAGCCCAAAAAGCCUGAACUCGAGUGA